AUGUGCACUGGUUGGCAGACGUACGCGGCAGACAUCUUCUUCGCGCAGAGCUGGCGCGAUGAGCGACUGCGCUUCAACCAGAAAAUGCCGAAUCAGACCGGCUACUACCGGCUGCUGCCUCUGCACUGGCUCAAGGACAUAUGGCACCCAGAUUCUUACUUCAAAAACGCCAAACAGGUCACUUUCCAAGAGAUGACCAUCCCGAACCACUACGUCUGGCUGUACAACGAUAACAGCAUUCUCUACAUGGUCAAGCUGACGCUGGUGCUGUCCUGUGCCAUGAACUUCCAGUACUACCCGCACGACACGCAGCAGUGCUCCAUGAAAAUCGAGAGCUUGUCGCACACCACGGACGACCCUGGUGUUUCUGUGGGACCGGAGGGUGCGCUAGAGGUGGACCCCAUCGAGCUGCCGCAGCUCGACCUGGUCUCCAACGUCACUGGCGACUGCACUCACAUCUACGCCACCGGAAGCUUCACCUGCGUGGAGGUGGUGUUCACCUUCAAGCGUCGACUCGGCUACUACCUCUUCCACACGUACAUCCCUACAUGCCUGAUCGUCAUCAUGUCGUGGAUCUCGUUCUGGAUCCGGCCGGAGGCGGUACCAGCCAGAGUCACCCUAGGGGUCACCUCUCUGCUGACCCUGUCCACGCAGCACGCUAACUCGCAGAAGUCCCUCCCACCCGUCUCGUACAUCAAGGCGAUCGACGUAUUUAUGAACGCGUGCACAGUGUUCGUAUUCCUGUCGCUGAUGGAGUACGCCAUGGUGAACGUCAUCAUGGGCGACCUGGUGGACGCGGACGAGUCGCUGAUGCGGCGCAGUAUCCGCUCCGUGCGCAGGCGGCUGACAGUGCGCAGGAGGCGCCCCGCACGGCGACAUCAACAGGGUAGCAGCCGCGGCGAGCCCGCCGAGUCUGGCCACUCGAGCCGGAGCUCGCUGCUGCCCUGGGUGGGCCGGCUCACCACACCCAGUCAGAGCCACCUGCUGCCCUGGGUGGGCCGGCUUACCACACCCAGUCAGAGCCACCUGCUGCCCUGGGUGGGCCGGCUCACCACCCCGAGCCACCUGCUGCCCUGGGUGGGCCGGCUCACCACACCCAGUCAGAGCCACCUGCUGCCCUGGGUGGGCCGGCUUACCACACCCAGUCAGAGCCACUUGCUGCCCUGGGUGGGCCGGCUUACCACACCCAGUCAGAGCCACCUGCUGCCCUGGGUGGGCCGGCUCACCACCACGACGGACGCCGAGGGACUGCCGAUGAGUGACGGCCCGCGCGACGCCGCCUCGCUCCACAACGGCGCCAUAUUCGCGGCGGCGCUGCCCCAGCCGUCGGCCUUCCUGCGCGACACGUCCCAGGAGCAGCGGCACCGCGCCAUCCUCGUCGACCGCUUCUCGCGCGUCUUCUUUCCCCUGUCGUUCGUGGUGUUGAACACGGUGUACUGGGUGGUGUUCUACUUCAACGGACCGCAGAUGUGAGGGCGCGGCCCAGCGGCGCCCGCCGGGCCGCGAUGCUGCGAUGCGAUGCGAUGCGAUGCGGUGCGAUGCGAUGCGAUUCGGCCAGCGCGACCCUGCUGGCCUGGUGUCCGGUAGGCGUCGCCCGAUCAAAUGAACUGAGAGGUGGCGUAUAGUAUUUUCGGGUGCAUCCUACUGGAGUGAGCGGUGGGGUGUGUGUGAUGUAACUCAACUUUUGUAAUGAAAAGGAAGUGUUCUAUACUUUAACCACGAGGCGUGAGCAAACUUAUCGUGUUCUGAGGAAGAAAUCCCCGCUGUUUAUGAAGUUUUGACUAACUCUUAUUCUUGGUUCUGACUAGAUAUUUGGUAGGUGCAUCUUGCUCGCUAAAUAAGGUAUACCUGUAUGUCUAGAGCAAGCAUCAUAGCGGGCACCAAAACGUAAAAGACAGCAUCCUUCUAACGCGGGCGUCGUACCGAAAUUGAAAUAUAAGAGACCUGCCCCGUCGCGUAAAAAUUAUGUCGCGAUGCCCGUUUAAGUGCGACGUCCAGUGUUACGCCCUUCUCGUAACAUAUGAAAGACGGUCGACGGAUCUUAAAAGGAGGCGGAACGUAAUAGUGGGCCAGUGUCCAACUUUUCACGGAUGUCGUGUCUCAAAAUAUCAUUGAGACGAAUGCUGUCACAUUUGGACGAAAUAUAAUUAAUGAUGUCACCAAAAUACGAUCAUCUCAGUGGUACUAAUUAGCAUGCACUCAUUACGAACAAACCCUUUGCUUGCGCGUGCGAUCCACCCUGAGACAUAACGUGAAUGACCGCGCCAGAGUUGAAACAUGCCUCUGAAAUUAAGCCGCGUUCCAUUCGUCAACUUCUCUGUAUCCAUUGCGUGUUUCCGUUUUUAGCGAUACGUUUCACUCUUUAUGUCACGUUUCAGUAUAAGAUCCGCCCAAUGGUCUGAUCAGACAAGCGCUUAAGUCUGUUUUUGGUACGCUUGGGGUGCCUGUACAAAAUCCCAGACUAUAACCUGGGCAUUUGCUGAAGGCACACUUUCGUUACAAUCGUCAUACUUUUCAAUAGCCAUCGCCGCUACAGAUCGAACAUGCCUUUUCUCACAUUUUUCGUCUGGUAACGCUUGGCCUGCCUCUGGAGAAGAGGUGCCCUGGGAUGUUUGGUCGCAUGUUUGACUGACUGGCACGCAACUUAUGUUUGCGGUCCCCAGCGUGCUUGAAUGCUGAGGACAAUUUAAGCGAUUAUAUGGGCCUUAGGAAUCGGUUACAUUGCAAUGAGCUAGUUGUUUGGGAUCCCAAUUUGAGCACUUUCGGUUAUGCGCUACUCGUCUCACAUUUUACCAGACGUUACCUUUCGACCAGCUUUCGACGCCUGAAAAUGCACCAAGGUGAACAGGCCAAUAGAUUACUGUUAAUCGUUCCAGCAUAGGACAUCUGGUGUUUUAGCACAUAACGCAAAUGUUCCUCCAAGAUGCAAAUUGUGACAUCUAUGAACGCAAAGCAUGGAAUUUUCAAGACUAGGCUCUGGUGCUUGUUCAUUUUGUACUUGGCUGCGAAAUUGUUUUCAUUUAUGGAAGAGCAUUUUGAUACGUGCUCCGGUCGAAAAAGUGAUGUUUCAAGCAGGAUAAAAAACGUAUUGUUUUCAUAUAAUUGAGCAUAAGAUUAUUCUGAUAAGAACGGGACUGCACGGGCCUGUCAUCUAGUGGAUUGACAUAUUACGUAACCGCAUCUGCGCAAAUAUUUAUUAAGCCAGUACUUUUGAUAGAAUGAUCAUACACCGUUCUUGUUUGGUUCGAAACCUGCCCAUCAUCAGCCAGCACUUGUGCACUGGGGGACUUCAGAUUUUUGCUGAGCAAAAUGAGAUGUCGCCUGUAUUCUACAAAUAUUGAAGAGCUCAGCGUUUGUGGCAGCAUUACACGUCUUGAUCUAAUCGUGCAGACUUGGUUCCAUGAUACACGCCUUACAAUGCAUAUGUGGAACAUCCAUAGAAAAGUCAUACUAAUGGACAGCACACUUAAACAACGCUAUGAUCCACCUGUUCACCAAUCAUGCUUGCGAUUUUAGGCUUCUACGAUAUCCGCGAACACGCAAUGUAGCUGUAGCUGAUUCGCGGACGACAGCCGUUAUUGUGAAUGUGAGAGGCGUUGCUUUUCACUUGUGAUUUGAGAGGGUAUGCUGCAUUGAGUUGACAAUGUAAACAUAAGAGCCCAUCUGCUCAAUCAUAGUCCUUUGUGUCUUGGUUGUCGGGCUGAUUGUGUGUUUUGGUCAACAGUAGAGAAGUGCCUGUUGCCAGGUAGACAGGCUUACAAUGUUCUGUUGUUUGGCAACUCAUUAUGCUUGAAUGAGUGAGACAUUCCUUUUGUCAGUCCCCACAAACGCAUAGCUCCAUUGUGUGUGUCGAUUGCAGAUGACGUUCCAUUCAGUCAUGUCAGUUGCUCUGCUGAUAGCUGACCCCCAAUAGAGUUAAUUACAGCACUGACUAUUGUGGUGAACAUGGAAACAGGCAGAUCGCUGAACUGCGUCACCUUCAUUCAUGUCUUCUUUACGUUCCCAGUAGAUAGCCUUCUACCCAGUUUAAGAAUUGGUUUAUUGGUCAUCCUUUCGUAGAUCUCAAAACGCCCAGGUGCUGUCGUCCAGAAAUAAUCAAACUUGAACUUCAGGGAUUACGUCAGAGUAACACACCAAGUCUUUCCCAUGGACUAGAACAGUCUUCUUCAGACUUCAUGCAGCGGACAUGUGACAUGGAAUCUGACUUGCUUAUAAGACAUAUUUUUCAUUUCUUAGAACGUGUUGACUCAGAUUAUAUUCUGCUUUGUUCGGUUUCCAUAAUCAUCUUUUCAUAAUAUUAUAGUAUUGUCCUGUCUAUGCGUUAUUUCGUGAUUUAUUCGACGUCACGAGGAGGUAAUGUCUGUUUUAAAUACUUUUGUCCGGCACCAGGUCAUGACCUGAUGGAUUUUUACCAACACAAUUGAAACUGUUAAAGAAAAUAGGUUAGAUUUAGACAAGUUAUUUUCCCAAAACUGUAACCUGAUGAACACCUUGCGCUCGGUCGGGGCGCCGGUAAUGUUAAGUAAUCCUGGCUCGCACCAGCACCCGUUUUCGUUCUUGUAACGCUGGCAAACAAUUCAUGCUGACGUCAAAGGUCAACGCUGUGAGUUGAAAUGCAUGUCCACCACGGCCGGUACUGAUAAAGUGCCUGUUGCUGGUGCCGUGCUGCCGGAAUCAAGAUCCGUCUCUGUGACGUCAGUGCCUUAAAGUGACAUUUCCGCCGGCUCUCCAAAAGAACACAAUUCUAUAACCAUAGGCAAUGGAAUAAUGAGUUUAGCAUGUCUUUUUGUCUUCUUUUUAAUCAGAAUCACCAGUUCUGUAAGUUCAACGCUCAUCACGCCUCACGCCAUAGGUCCACUACGAGCUCAACUUUGAGUGGUCGUAAAGUUGGCCGACUGUGACGACAUUCACCCACCUAGCUGCUGUGGCGUUGUUUAUUCCCAGCUGACGAGAAAGUGAACGUAUGGACAUGAGCACACUGGCAUUUGUCAUCAUUCCUAAUGUUGCGAAAUGUUGCGCGAAACGUUACUGAAUCAUUUAGAAUGUGGCGUCGUGAGUGGGCUGUUUAAUGCUUUGCUGCUUUAUGUUAUGCAAAUCCCUUGAAUGAAUGCAUUUCUGUAGCUUUAAGGUUUCAUGUGGUGUCGUUUUGCUCGCCAAAGUUAAAGGAUGAAGGUUGACGAUGCACGCAUGCUCAUAAAAGGUGUUGCUCAAACUCAUCAAGAUCAGAAUGUUGGAGUGAACAAAUGGAUCGUAGAUAUGUGAGGGAUCUGUAUAGGUUUUAGCAUGUUUGGAUUCGUCAGCUAACUCACGACAUUAUUCACAGUAGAGAGAAACUGGUUUGAAAUAUGUGAAUUAUUAAGAUGCGUGGUAAUUCUAAUGCUCACACUUGCCCGUUGCUUUGCCUCCUCGUCCGUCUUUCUAGACCUGAGUCAACACACUGAAGGCUUCAGUAUUUAAGGUAUUGAUACAUACCUGAAGGGGUGGCGCGUAAUGAAAACGUCAGUUAAAUAUUUCACUCGUGGUUACGGUGGUUGGUUUGCAGUCAUCAAGUUACGAUGGAGGAAGCGCGUGCGAUGUAUUUCUUACUGUA